AUGUCCAGCCAGUGGCUGCUGCUUCUCUUCGGUGCUCUUUGGCGACCGACAGGAGGCAUUUCCAUCGAGACGCCACAGUACGAGCUGCACCGCUACCUCUUCGCCAACUACUCAACCUCGAUCCGGCCGAUCGCCAGCCACACUACGCCCACCACCGUCGAGUUCGAGGUCUCCAUUUACAACCUGAUCGACCUGAAUGAGAAGAAUCAGGUGAUGACGGUGAAUGCAGAGAUUAUUAUGAAGUGGAACGAUUCAUUCCUGUUCUGGAACCCGGAUAACUAUGCGGGCAUCCAGGAUAUCCGCGUACCCUGGAAGGAUAUUUGGACACCAGACGUCGUUCUUUACAAUAGCGCCGACUCGGCUUACGAAUGGGCCAUCUACAACACGCUGGCGAUCGUGAAGUCGUCCGGGGAGGUGACUAUGCUGUCGCACGCCAUCCUGCGCUCCUCCUGCGAGAUCAACAUCCGCUACUACCCGUUCGAUCAGCAGCUCUGCGUCAUGAGCUUCUCCAGCUGGUCGCAGGACAUCACCCAGAUCGCAUUGGUGACCGGCCCAGCUCAGGGCGACAUCAGCGCUUACGUUGAGAACCCCGAGUUUUUCCUGGAAAAUUUUUACGUGGAUGGCCUGAACACAACAGAUGCGUGUUGCGAUCAACCAUUUUCAACCCUCAGAUAUUACGUGCAGCUUCAGAGAAGAACCGCGUUUACGAUGUUCUUUUUCAUAAUGCCAGGAAUAUUCGUCAAUUUAACGGCACUGAUGGUGUUUAUGCUGCCCUGCGAGUCGGGGGAGAAGGUCAGCCUGGGUAUCAGUGCUAUGCUGGCCAUGAUGGUUUUCCUGAUGGCCAUGACGGAAAACCUGCCGCCAUCGCAAAGCAUUCCUAUCGCAGGUACUUACUACGGAACCUGCAUCGGCAUUUUAACAGCCAACAUCAUGGCAUCCAUUUUCGUCUUGAACAUCCAGUACAAAGGCGUGUGGGGCUUCCCAGUGCCCAACUGGACCAGAGUGCUCAUGUUCGACUUCUUGGCCAAGAUCAUGUUCAUACCCGUCCCACCCCGCAUCAAAGGAAGCCGAGUGUCUCCGAAAGAGCCGGCGGCGCCGACCAACGCACCGCACGUGCCAAGGCGUGCCGUCGACCUCAACCACCUGAUCCGGUACUACCCGCGCAACUACGCCCUGGCGCGACACAUCGGCACACCCCGUGGCGGGCCCCCGGCGCCACAUCCACACCGCAUUGCCGACGCAAAACGACGACGAGACGGGUUCCUGCAUCAGCGGAGGGCCAUGCUCACGCCACUCAUCGCCGCGUCCAACUCGGCCACGUUGGUUGUGGUCCGCCGCCUUGGGCUCUGGCCUGAGCCACGCGGCAUCCUCGAGAACGCCGCCCUCCGUAUCCUCCAGGACUACUCCGUUCGCGAUGGCGCUCGUCUCAUCAUCCCGAGCCUCGACUCGAAGGCCGAGCAUUCGCGCUCCGUCCACGACGCGCUCCGGCAGCUUGCAGGUGUCAAGACGGCCAACGGUGUGCAGGAGGUGCUGGAGCGGAUAGAGAGAAACAUGGCCGCUCGUCGCGAACAGGACAAUGUCGAGGGGCUCAAGGCCGCGCUGGCCGAAGAGUGGCGCCUCGUCGCCUAUGUCGUCGACCGGCUCUCCGGCGCCUGCUUCCUCGUCAUCACUAUCGUCUUUAACGUAGCCAUCCUGCUGUCCUCGCCAGAGGUCAGCAAGUUCGAGUACUGCCGCGGCCCGCCAGGCAGCUGCAACUAG